AAGUAGUCUCCAAAAAAUAUUUAAAUCACAAUAAAUUCCUUAAACUAAAAUAAUAACACCUAGGGGACUACCAAGACAAAAUAUAAGCAAUGGGCAGCUCAAUGAGGAACACAACCAUUAGCCAAGAUUAUGGAAGUAUCUUUAAGCAUUCAAUCACAGGGGAUCGUGAAUCAAAAAAGAAGUCGGUGAUGGUUUCCCAGUCAAUGAUCGAAGAAGCUAAGGGCAAGAAGAAGGAUACUUUGCACUAUUACAACGUGGAGACACUAGCCGAUCUUCAGUACCGAUCCCAGAUUAAGGUCGUGGAGAAAGUCGAUGGUGAGGAAGUGGACAUGACUCCCAAGCCCAUUCCAAACGACACAUACGUAGAGCAGUUUAUGAAGUACAAUCUGAAUGUGCUAAACCAAAUGACGAACUUCACAACGAUGGCGGGUAGGAACGUGACCAGAUCUCGCACCCGGUCCAGCGUGCGGGCCGGAAUAGGCGGCAACAAGCAGUCCAUCGACGAUCUGAUGAAUGGGGUCAUGUACGAAACUAUAAACUGGGAUCCGUACAGCACCUCCGAGCCUGUCGAAGCGACGUACGUACCGAAGCCCUACACUAAGUCCUUUUUGAAGAUCACACUACGAAAGUCAGACUUCUUCGAGCUACACAGCCAGCCACAGACGACGUAUGCCAAGGGUUCGACAGAGGCCGAUGAAACGGAGCGAGACAACCGCAACUACGAGUAUCUGACUGUGGGCAAGGGCAAGAUUCGGCGCCGCUCCGACAAUGAUGCCCAAACAGAUACUCUGCUCUUCACCACACGGGCCGUCAACACCAUCCUGUUAACCAAAGCCACCGUAAGCUCAUACGUCUCAAACUUUGAGAUGUACGACACGCUAAACAAUGUGAGCAAUGUUGCUACGGCCACGAUGGGUUCGGUCAAGGACCUGCCUUCGGCGAUGGGUCAGGCGGAGGAGGAUGACGCCUUGGAGGACGACGAGGCCGUGGCCGAGAUGGACAAGGUCUCCGCCCAAAUAGAACGACUGUUACGAAACCCUGAGUUCCGUAACGCCAUCAUGUACAUGGGUCGCACGCUCUCUAGCAACACAAACGAGGCAGGGCUGCGGCGCUUCCGUAACUUCGAUCAGGUUCAACGCUGGAACGAGAAGGCCGAGUACGUCUACUCGAUGAACUUGCUCUUUCGGUUAAUACCGACGCCUAGCAAGGAUGAGCGGAAGGCCGUCAGUGACAUAGAUUUCUGUCGCAGCAAUGGGGACAUCCUAGCCGUGGCCUACGGAUUGUAUUCUUUUUCAUCGCAGCACGUACCCACCUCGGGUAGUGUUUUCCUGUGGAGCAUUAAGAAUCCUGGCGAGCCAGAACGUGCCUAUUACUACGAUGUGCCGGUUACGGCCAUUAGCUUCUCGCCUUUCUUGCCCUCUCUUCUGGCCAUCGGGCUAUACGACGGCAGCGUCGAGGUGCGGGACGUCAGCAGUCUCCAGGAUCUGCCCAUCGCCGUCUCGCAGCGCAGCACAUCUCCUGGCUCUGCUCCGGUGGUGGCCAUUCGCUGGAUAAAGCAGGUUUCCGAUGACGCCGACGAAGCGGACAUCGACCCGUUCUUAAGCCUUUCUCAGGACGGCUCCGUUACCCGAUUCCGCAUCAUUAAAAGUCCCUACUUGUUGGGCUUUACACAGAUGAUUCUGGAGCGGGUCGAGGGGCACCCCGAAGGCAUCUUCGUGCACCCCUCUUCGCGCAUUCCCUGCGAGUCCAAUCGCCGUCCGCAGGGCCUGAGCAUUACCACUCACCCGCUGCACAAGGACAUCUAUUACGUGCUCACCGAUGAAGGCUGCAUCCACAAGUGCUCGAUCAACUACCAGCACCAGUAUCUGGAAGUUUUACGAUGCCACGACGGCGGAGUCACCGUAAUGGAGUUCUCUCCGUGGUCACCUAAACUCUUCCUCACCUGCGGCAAUGACUGGUUCGUGCGCAUCUGGAUCGACGGCAUAACGAGGCCCUUGCUCGAGUUGCAGGAUGAGAUGACGCCAGUGCAUUGGGCCAAAUGGUGCCCAACUCACUCCACGAUAAUUGUGUCGGUAAACCGGGAGACCGCCAACGUCUGGGAUUUUCGACGUAAUUUGUUAAGGCCCAUGUCUAAGCACAAGAUGGACUCGUCGUUUAACACCGUGGCAAGGUUUUCUCACUGUGGUCGCACAUUGGUUAUUGGCAACGAACGUGGCAACACACUUUUCCAAGCCCUCAAUGAUAUGCCCUUUUCGCCACAUUUUCAGUAUGACGAGUUAGAGAAGGCCAUCUUCAAGGCGAUUGGCAGCAACCGCGAGCUGUUCAUGGAGCUCAAAAGCAUCGGCUUCUUUGGCUAUCCUGACAAAAAAGCUGUUUUCUAGAGUUGAAGGUUUGAUUUGUGAAUAAAGAACAUGUAAGC